GGGGCAGCGGGACUGGGCCUACCAGCCGUCCAGGCUGCCCACGCAAACCACAGGGCCGAAUCUGGAGCAGCCCAAGGGUCACACAGCUAAGCCGAGUGCAAGAAUGCUUGUGUGACCUUGUGAAGGCGAUUCCUACCGUGUGGCUGUGGGGGAUAGAAAAAGUCUGCUUGGAAAGAUUUCUUGCUGGAAGUCCCUCACCCAGAGACCAGCGCUCCCAACUGCCGAGCGGCGGGGAGAUAAAGAACUGGUGACACGUGGCUGUACAUUCAGCACAGCUGUGGUGUCCCCAAGUGCCAUGACCCAGGAGCCAUUCAGAGAGGAGCUGGCCUAUGACCGGAUGCCCACACUGGAGCGGGGCCGGCAAGACCCCGCCAGCUAUGCCACAGACACGAAGCCGAGCGACCUGCAGCUGUCGAAGAGACUGCCCCCCUGCUUCAGCCCCAAGACGUGGGUCUUCUCCGUGCUAAUGGGGAGCUGCCUCCUGGUGACCUCAGGGUUUUCGCUGUACCUGGGGAACGUGUUCCCUGCCGAGAUGGAUUACUUGCGCUGUGCUGCAGGCUCUUGCAUCCCCUCGGCAAUUGUGAGCUUCACCGUCUCCAGGAGGAAUGCCAAUGUGAUUCCCAACUUUCAGAUAUUGUUCGUUUCCACAUUUGCUGUGACCACUACGUGUUUAAUUUGGUUUGGAUGCAAACUAAUCCUGAACCCAUCAGCAAUAAAUAUCAACUUCAACCUUAUCCUGCUGCUCCUGCUGGAGCUGCUCAUGGCGGCCACGGUGAUCAUGUCUGCACGGUCCAGCGAGGAGUACUGCAAGAAAAAGAAGGGCUCCAUGUCUGACAGCACCAACAUUCUGGGCGAAGUACCAUUUCCUGCUCGGGUCCUGAAAUCUUAUUCAGUCGUCGAGGUAAUCGCAGGCAUCUCUGCCGUCCUCGGGGGGAUCAUUGCCCUGAACGUGGAUGACUCAGUCUCAGGCCCACACCUCUCAGUGACGUUCUUUUGGAUCCUAGUGGCCGUGAGUACCCCCUCUGGCCCGCCCGCCACCGCUGUGGGCCACACCGCUCAGAUCCUGCGUGGCUGGGCCCUGAGCUCAGUCUUGGUGCACUCAGACAGGGAGGCACCACAGAAGGUCCUUGCCAGACCCCAGUUCAGAAGAACUGGGGAGUUAUUUUGCCCCUGUUCUCUUAUGUACAUGAGCAGGAAUGGUGAGCACCCAGCAUCGGCUACGGGCUCCUCCUGGGCAGCAGGGGGGCUCUUCCUGAAGCUGCUGAGAAGGGGCCCACGCGUGCCCGGGAGCGGUACGGCCGGGCGGACUGCCGAGAAGGGGCCCACGCCUGCCCGGGAGUGGUACGGCCGGGUGGACUGCCGAGAAGGGGCCCACGCCUGCCCGGGAGCGGUGGAGGUGCUGAUAGCCAUAAGCAGCCUCACGUCUCCGCUGCUGUUCACAGCCUCUGGAUAUCUGUCAUUCAGCGUCAUGAGAAUCGUGGAGAUGUUUAAAGAUUACCCGCCAGCCAUAAAACCAUCCUAUGACGUGCUCCUGCUACUGCUCCUGCUGGUCCUCCUGCUGCAGGCCGGCCUCAACACGGGCACUGCCAUCCAGUGUGUGCGCUUCAAGGUCAGCGCAAGGCUGCAGGGCGCGUCCUGGGACACCCAGAGCGGCCCGCAGGAGCGCCUGGCUGGGGAGGUGGCCAAGAGCCCCCUGAAGGAGUUUGACAAGGAGAAAGCCUGGAGAGCCGUUGUGGUGCAGAUGGCCCAGUGACCCCCGGACGCAGAAACUGGGUGGCAGUGCCCAGCCUGGCCCCAAGCACGGAAACGCACAACCCCUAAUCGCCCCGAGCUACUGCUUCUAACACCUCUUUUCCCCUGUGUGAGGGCAGACCAGGCUGUAGUGGGGUUUUCACUUCCUAGGGUAGUUUAAUUUUAAAAUAGGCCAAUGUUGGUUAGUCUGUGUUUCAGUCAGAUCAGUCAGUGCCAAGGGCUCCCGUGUCCUAACAGCAGGAGCAUGGCCGCAGCUUCCCAGGCCGAGGAAGGGCCCCCUGGUUCCGCCUCUGAGAGCCCCACCGCUGAGCAGGCCCCAGCUCCGCGUCCUGCCUCUCUCAUGGCCUGGGCUGGAGUGGGCUCUCUGGACCUGACCGGGGUCAGACUGUGGGUCCCUGCGUCUCCUGCCCCCUCUGACCCGGCUUCUUCCCUCCACUCUUCGGGUCUAUCCUGGGUGCUCAGUCAGCCCAGUGGGAUCUUACCUACUUCCCUGCAAGGUGCACCUGCCCCAGGCUCAGCCUGCCCAGCGGCUCUUCCUGGACAGUGAGAACAAGGCUGGGCACCUCUGUCCUGGCCCGGGAGCUGUGGGGGCCCCUCCUUCAGAGCCCAGGUGCAAGUGACAUGAGCUGCCACUGCUCUCCCAGGUGAAAUCCACACCGGUCCACACCGGGUCGCCUGCCCUGUCUUCCUACAUAGACCCAGUCAUUCUAGAGGAAUCUGCCGCCACAGUGGCUGGCCCACGUCCCAGGCACUGCCCACAUCCUGGGCACUGUCAUGCCCAGCUUGGAGUGCCACGUGGCCGCUAAUGUGAUAGGCAGUGUUCUUGGGGGUGGGACUGCAUCUAAGGCUUUGUAAAUGGGCUCGACCACGUCUCCCUGGCCCCGGUGACUCCCUGGCCCCAGUGACCGGGGGAAGCUGAGCCGCUCCCUUCUGUUUGCUCCCAUUACUCAAAAUGUAGGACAGAUCAGGUCAGAGCCCAGGAAUCCUCACAGGUUCACCCAGCCCCCUCUACCUCCUAGCAAGUACUUUGUCUUGAUCCUCACUGAGAAGACCCCAGGGCCAGUGGUCUUCUCCAUCUCUGCUGUUUUGGGGUCUUAGGGUACAGCCCAGGCGGUCACUGCCCACCUGCCAGACUGCAGGGACAGUUGGGUGUGAGAAUAACACUGGCUUUGGGCAGUGCCAUGGCCAGGAGUGGGUUCCCUGCGUCUCCUCUUCCCCGAGGGUGCCUGGAUCCUCCCAGUAAAUCUGCAGUGAGUUGGGGUGACUGUAAAACUAGGAAUCUUGUUAUUUUGGUCAUUACUUUCCAGCAGGUGUUUUUCUUCACAGUGGUUUUGUUUCUUUCCUUCUGGUCUGAGAACACAUGAACAUUUUCCCUUUACUGCCUUCGGGUGUAUUGACUGGUCCCCCAUGGGCUGCUGGAAAGGCCCGGAGAUGCAUUCUGUGGCCUGGGGCCAUCAGGAUCAAAGAACCAGGAGGCCUGGGAGAUGCAGUUGGAUGGGGCUGCCUGCUAGGGGGUUUGAGGACCCUCCCAGGUUUCCCACUGCUGAGCAGGAGUAACUCUGGCUGCCAAGAUACCUUCAUGGUGUUCACAACAAGUGGGAUCAUUAUUUUCCACCGUUCAAAGGGAAUGCAGGCAAGACGUCCCCCCCAGAUGCUCCGAGAGGGGACAAGCCAGUCCCUCUCUGCAGCCCUCAGCAGCUCCAGAACCACAGAGACAGGGGCCGGGCAAACGCUUUGGCCACGGUCCCAAACAAGCGCCAAUGUGGGAGAGGAGAGGCCACCCUUCCUGGCACUGGAUGCAGACCCCACCCCGUCUGCAGGGCACUCCCACCUCCCUGCAGCUUGGAGGCCGGUGGGGUCUGCUCCUGGGAAUGGGGUGGGAGCCACAGGGACAGCACUGAUGUCUUCUUGGGGGUAGACCAGAGAGCUCAAGUUUCAGAGCCAGAAUUAGGCACUUGGAGCGUUUUUACUGCCUUUCACUUUCUUAUUUUAGAGCGCUUAAAAAAUCCGGACAAAUGGGGUUUAAAAGAACCGUCUCUUUCAAUCUACGUUUUGGUUUAAUACGCUUGAGCAAUAAACGCUGCCUUGUAGACGUG